AUGCCCUUUAGUACCAAUACACGACACAUUGUGACAGGGAUAGAGGGUUGGCAAUGAAUGGCAGGUAUCUGGCCUAGAGAUGGUCUGGGCCGGCAUUGCAACGCGCGAUGAUUGUUGUGGGGGGAAGUGAAUUUGUGUGCGACACAACCCAUUUCAUCCCAUUCAGACGCGUACUUCCGCAUUCAUUGGCCGCGACUGUGCCCUCUGUCUCACAGCAGGUUUCCCUUUGAUCUAGAGAAGCUUCCCAGCCGCUACCUCCCCACAUCAAAGGCUUCCCCUGACAGCUGCCGGCGGCUCGGGGUUGACUCGUAUCACCUUGCCAUGGAAGUGAACAUUUCGCACGGGAAGGGGAGGGACCUGAGCAGGCAAUUGCUUCUUGGGCACCGUUAGUGUAACAAGAUCUGUAUGAACAUAGACCCAAUCACCAGUGUAGGGUCACUAACUCCCCUAAGUAAUCUGAGAGUUGGUACAGCUCGUUCCACGUUUGUGAGUGGUAACAGGAGCCCCAAUUCACUGCUUUUAUGUACCACACGUGGAGCCUCUAAUGUUGGACUACAUUUCCCAGCAUCCACCCACUAGUGCUUGCAGUUGUGGUUCGAUAUUUAAGUCGUGUGGCUGCAGCGCGUGUAUACAUGUAAACUUGUUGUCUAGCGCUGCCUCCUGACCUAUGCCCCUGGCACACACUCAACUUUCUUCCUGUUUCAUUAGGGCGGGAGGGGGUGUCUAGUUGGUUGCCUGUCUGCUGCUGUUGCUGCUGGAUUCUUUGGCUGCCACUUCCCGUGCUUCUGUGGGUUUAGGAGAGAGAGAGGGUGGGAGGGAGUCUGUGUCAGUUUUGCAUGGGGAGACCCGCCUAAUUAUUCCUUGCUCUCGCAACACUGUGCUUUCCUGAGCCUGGGCAGCAGCAGACUUGGCGCCGGCCUGUGAGCUCUGAAAGGAGGAAGGAGGAGACAGGCCGCUGCGGAACAGGGGUGCAAAGUGCAACAUGAACUCUGUGCGGAUCGGGGCAGGCUCGCUAGUGCGCCUUGGGUACAGAGCAAGAGCGAGGCCCGUGGCGCUGUUUUCUUGCUCUGGGGCUCGGCCUAUCGUGGACAUGUCCUACUCACACCACUUUGUGGAUUUCCACGGCUCUAACAUCCCCAGCUCCAUGAAAAAGCUGGUUGUGACCCAGCUCAGCCCCAACUUCAGGCAGGCUGUUACUCUCAUUCCCAACGCCCCGGUGCCAGUGCCAGGGGACGGAGAACUCCUCGUCAGGAACCGCUUUGUAGGAAUCAAUGCAUCGGAUAUAAACUACUCCUCUGGGCGAUAUGACAUUUCAGUAAAGCCUCCAUUUGAUGCUGGAUUUGAAGGCAUUGGGGAAGUUGUAGCUUUGGGCCUCAGUGCUAGUAAAACAUACACUGUAGGCCAAACAGUAGCCUAUGUUAAAGGUGGCUCAUUUGCCGAAUAUACUGUUGUACCUGCUAAAACUGCAGUCCCAGUACCCUCCGUAAAACCAGAAUUCUUAACCCUGCUUAUCAGUGGUACAACAGCUUACAUCAGUCUCAAGGAGAUGGGACAGUUAUCUGAAGGAAAAAAGGUUUUGGUGACAGCAGCAGCCGGUGGCACAGGUCAGUUUGCUGUGCAACUUGCAAAGAAAGCUAAAUGCUAUGUGAUUGGGACUUGUUCUUCAGAUGAAAAGGCUGGUUUUCUCAAAUCCAUUGGCUGUGAUUUUCCAAUCAAUUAUAAAACUGAAAAUAUUGGUUCAGUACUGAAAAGUAAGUUUCCUGAUGGUUUAGAUGUUGUGUAUGAAUCUGUUGGUGGAGAAAUGUUUGACCUAUCAGUCAACCGUUUGGCUACAAAAGGUCGCCUUAUAAUCAUCGGCUUUAUUUCUGGCUACCAGACAUCUCAAGGUCUUUUGCCUGUUAAAGCAGGAGCACUACCUGCAGUCUUACUGAAAAAGUCUGCCAGCAUCCAUGGAUUUUUCCUGAACCAUUACUUAUCUGAAUACAAAGAAGCAAUCGUGUCUCUGUUCAAACUGUAUCAAAAUGGGGAACUGGUUUGCGAAGUGGACUAUGGAGAUCAGUCACCGGAAGGCAGGUUCACCGGUCUGGAAUCUAUAUUCCGUGCUGUAGAUUAUAUGUAUACAGGGAAAAACAUAGGAAAAAUUGUAGUGGAAUUACCUCACCCUGUCAACAGCAAGCUGUAAAAACAGAACAAUGAAAUAAAUCACAAGAGAAACUGGUGCUUUCUGCCCGAGAAUUUCUACAACAUGUUGUUCUUAAUGGAUAGUAUAUUAAAAACACUAUCAAGGUGUUGGUAAAAUGUUUUCAUUGUUAAAAUAGCUGUUUCAUUUCAAGGGCAUAGGCUUGCUGGAUUUAAUGGUUUAUGGGCUAGUUCACUUUCAUAAAACUUAUAACAGUGUUUUACAAAUAAUGGCUUUUUCAGUUGCUUUCUGUAUUCAUUGUGAGCCAUGUUUCUCAAAUUUAAGAUUUGGAAAGAAUUUGUUUGAUUAGCAGCUUAAAUUGAUACUGCCACUAAAAAACAACUUUUCAAAGUAUUAAUGUACACAAAAAAUUACCUAUGGGUCAUGUUGACCGUUUUUCGCUAAUAGGUCUGCUUUUAUAAGUAUUUGUUACUUGAACUUCCUAAACCUGACUGUUUUGCCAACCUGACGGUCCCUUCUCAACCUGUCAGUUAGAGUUUCGAAUGCUAACAGACAAAUGCUGCACAAAUAUGGCAGCCCACUCAUAGAAAAACAUGGGGGAUCAGAUAUUGGUUGAGGAUGGGUAUUCCACGUAAUUGCAAAUAUGAGGCCUUUUCCCUCAAAGUCCUUCUGCAAUAGCAGCUCAGUAAGCCUAAUCACAGACUUUAAACUAUGGUUUGAUACUAGGGAUGCACUGAAUCCAGGUUUCGGUUCAGGAUUCAGACAGGAUUCUGCCUUUUUCAGCAGGAUUCUAAUUCAGGCAAAUCUUAGUUCCUGGCCGAACCCAAUCCGAAUUUGCAUGUGUAAAUUAUCGGUGGGAAGGGAAAUCACGUUUUUGUCAAAAACAAGGAAGUAAAAAAACGGUUUCCACUUUUUCCUUUCCCUCCCUAAUUUGCAUAUGCA